AUGAGUAGUCUAAAUUUGCAGCCCGAGGUCAGCGACGCUGUUGCAAAGUACGGGUUGUCCGACAAGGCGGCCUUGAACUCUCUCCAAACUUUGCCAUGGGACAGCUUGGAGAAGCUGUUCUCCAAUCUCUGGAGCUCUGAUAAUCCAGAAGGCCUGGUGUUCUUGGGUGUCGCAGAGAACCCUCUUCUUCACCCGGAAGUCGCCCAGUACAUAACUAGCAAUUUUACUAUCGAUCCGACCCAGCAUCUCGGCUACGGCGUAGGCCCUCGGGGGUCACCCCGUCUGAAGAAAGCGCUGGCUUCCUUCUUUAAUCGGAAAUUCCACGCUUAUGAACCUGUUCACGAUGCAGAAGUCCUCGUUCUUCCUGGAGUCAUCUCUGUCCUUGAUGCUCUGACAUGGGCAGUUUGCAACGAGGGAGAAGGCAUCAUCGUUCCGCUUCCUUACUACACGGGAUUUGUACCUGCCGCGAAGGAACGGUCGCGAGGCGUACUCAUCCCCGCGCCUUUCCAAUCCCUUGAUGGCUAUAAGGGUGUAGAUGACAUCUUUGAUCCCGAGAUGAACAGGAAAUCUCUGGAGGCUGCACUAGAAAAAGCGGCUCUCCUCACAAUCCAAUCGCCAAAGGAGACGCUUCGAGAGAUCGCCCGUUUCUGUGGUCGUCAUGGACUACAUUUGAUCAGCGACGAGAUCUUUGCACAAUCUGUCUACGAGACACCUAAUGUCAUAGAUCCUGUUCCCUUCAACUCUAUCCUCUCUUUGGACCUCACUGGAUGCAUUGACCGGCAGUUCGUCCAUGUCGCCUACGGAAUGAGCAAAGAUUAUAGUGCAAACGGAUUCCGACUGGCGGCCCUCCAUUCUAGAAACGAAGGCCUUCUGGUAGCAGUGACCAGUAUCUGUGUGUUCAGCUGGGCACCUUACAUCACUCAGGACAUGUGGGCGAAAAUGCUCGAGGAUGAAGACUUCUCGCUGGCAUUGGCGUCUAAGAACCGCACGCUUCUGGGUGAGCAUUAUACGAUUAUUACACAGUUUCUGGACGCACACGAGAUCUCAUAUUACCGGAGCACCAACGCCGGAUGUUUUGUUUGGGUUGAUCUUAGGUCAUAUCUUCGUGGGUCGGAGGAGACGGAGGAGAGUAGCAGCCUUUCGACACACAAGCUUUCACCAUCGGAACUUGACAUGUACCAAGAUCGCGAGAGGAAGCUUUCCAAGCGCUGCAUUGUUGGUGGCGUCGGAAUAUCCGCUGGGAGCAGUUACUUUGCAGAGGAGCUAGGUUGGUUCCGGAUUAGCUUUACGGUGGAAAAAGAGGCGUUGCUGGUUGGGCUUGAAAGACUGAUGAAGUGCUUGCAAGAGAUCAAGGCGGAUGGGUGGGAGUCGUAG